UUUGUCGUUGUCGUUUCUACUUUCUUUUGAGUUUUGAGUUUUGUCUACCGGAUAUGUAAAUUAAAUUUGCAAAAAUUAGUUGCUUUUAUUUAGAUACAUAAUCCAUUAUCAACCGGUGCUUGUUUUAGCAGUUUUUUACCUGAGGAAUCAAAAAAGAAACCAUGACUUCGCCGCUUCUUAUCGGCCCGACGCCCAAUUUGGUUCAAAACAUUAAAUACACAGGUUCCGAGACUGAAUUCUCCACUGAAAUCAAAGGGGACAAAGUGAUAAUUCACUGUAAUGAAGGCAUUCACAAUCAUGGCAGUUCCAAAGUGAAACUAAUUGAUCGAAUAGAUUACAAUUGGGAAUUUCGUUACUACCAUGGUCACCUAAUUGCAGCUCAUAUCGGUGGGAAAGUAAUAGCUUUUGGAAUGAAAGGUAAAGAUGGCGGAAUGGUACGAAUAACAAACCAAGAAACAAAUAAUAGAUGUUUAAUAAAAAACCUAAAAGAGGACAUUAAAGAUCUAGCAUUUGCGUUCACCAGCAAAGAAAUCAUCUUGGGCUGCGUAGAUAGCGAGGGGAAUAUUUUGGUUUAUCAGAUAAACGAUACACCCCACUCCAUAUCAUUUACUUUACUACUGCAUAUUUAUCAUCAUGACUCAUCGAGACCGAAAACCAAUUACCGAUUAAUAUGGUGCCCUUAUUUAUCUAUCGAUGACGAAGACACAGAUGAAGAACCAGAGAAGAUGUUUGUUAUUCUAAACGGAUCGAAAGCCGAGGUCUACAAUGUUCAAAUGCUUACUUCUAAAUACGACAAAGGACCUUUAGAUCCGAAUGAAAACUACGAGGGUUACACGGAAAUUAAACAUACUGCAGAGGUAGUCGAUGCUUCAUUUUCAUCAGAUGGUACCGCAAUAGCCAUUGCUUCGGUUGAUGGUUAUGUUAAGUUCUAUCAGUUGUACAUGUCCGACAACAAAAACCAAAACUGUCUACACGAAUGGAUGCCUCACGACGGUGCUCCCCUUUCUUCGAUCAUAUUCAUCGAUAACGUUUUGGAAUACAGCGCCGAAUGUUGGAAAUUUACUAUAACGGCAGCCAAAAACAAUUCAGAGAUUAAAUUGUGGUCGUGCGAAAGCUGGACCUGCCUCCAAACCAUCAUCUUCAAAGCCACAGCGUCCAGUUUAGUAACGGGUUUAUACCUCCACAUGAACAUGGAUUAUACCGGCCAGUUUUUGCUAGUCUCCGACAUCAACAAUCGAGUUAUUUACGUAUUGGAAUUGCAGAGGAACGACAAAGAGCAAAUCGUGCACGUCACAAGCUUAUCGGAGUUUCUCUUACCCGCUCCGUUUUUGAGCCUGCACAUUUUAGAGGCCGGCAGGAAUCUAAUGACUACCUACUUCGACAACAGCAGAGAAGAUUUGUACGAUGAUAGGGAAGAUAACUACGAAGAAGAACAAGAACAGGUGCAAAUCGUAUUGAAGAUGUUGGUGAUACAACCGAAGAAGUUCCAGGAAUGCAAUAUCGUAUUCCAGCCGGAAGCUUUAGCUUAUACUACGAUGCCCUCCUAUCCGGCUUUGAACGGAAACGAAUUGCCAGACGAAGAACUAAAGCAAGACAACGAUAAAUUUCCGAAAUUAGACGACCUACAAGAGUCUGUUACUCUGCUAAUACAGCAAAAGAGCAGCGCCAAUUUGACGCUAAUGACACCCGACGAUUUCACCUCGCCCACUCAAUCGGACAAGCCCGUCAAAGAGGAGAACCUCAUCGAUUUUCAACGACCCCAGAAGGAGAACAAUUUCGCAAGCGGCGGAUCCAGUCCCAGCAGAGAAGUCCAGGAAAUCCUCACCAAUUACGCUAAUCAAGAUUUCUUCGAUAAUCUGGAUAAUCUUCGACAAAAUGAAGGAGCAGAAGAAUCCCAGAAGGCGAGCAGGCCUUACUCGGCGAAUUUCCAAGAGACAUCGUGGCCGGUGGCGCCGGUGGUACAAGAAAAAGAUUUACUCAAAGACGAAGCGUUACGAAAAGAACUGGGAUUGGAUAAAACCCAGAAAAACCAAUUGGACGUGUUGUGCUAUCGGAUGAGCGCUUUAGAGGAGAAAAUCUCCAGAGAUAGAGGUGAUUUCUUGAAGGAAUUGGAGCUGUUGAUGGAGAAACAGCGGUUACAUAUGGUGAAGUUCAUGGAAACCGUAGUACUGGAAAAGGUGGAAAAAGAACAGAUGUUAUCGCAGAUGUUGAACAAAUCUUUGACUGAUAAAGUGCAACAGGUCGUAGCACAAGAAGUGAAACUGGUUAUAUUACCAGCGAUUCGGAACCAGAUGGAAGGUUAUAAGGGUCAAAUGGAAGCUCAGUACACUCAGAAAAUGGCUGACACUGAUAAUAUGUUAAAGGAGAAUAUUACGAAAGCAUUUAAUAGUAAGACCCUCGCCGAUAAUCUGAGCCUCUCCGUAGUGAAUAUAGUAGCACCUAGUUUGGAAAAAUGCUAUCGUGACAUAAUAACAUCUUCACUAAUACCCUCUUGGGAAAGAGUUUGCGGACAGAUGUUCCAGCAAAUCAACGAAACGUUUACUCGCGGUACAAAGGAAUACACUGCCUCCGUGGAGAGUUACAUGGACAAACAGCGGCGAGUACAGGAGAAAGGAAAAGAUUUAAUUUUGCAAAUGCAAACCGUUUCGGAAAGCAUGAAAAGCAACGCGGAAAAUCUAACUGGCGCUUUAACGGCUGAAAUCCACAAGCAAUUCAACAACGUAUUCAAAAGUAUGAACGACAAGUUGUCGCACAGCGUUAGGGACAUUGUCGCGGAACAAAUCAAGCAAGGAUUUAAAAGUCACGCGUCCGUUUUGGAAGAUAGUGUUAAGAACGCUGUAAGAUCCAGAGCUGUGACCCCAUCGCCUAAUAUUGAUUCACACAUCGUUUCAUUGAGUCAAAUCCAACUGUCGCUAUCGAAGCACAGCUAUCACGAAGCCUUCCAGCUGGCCCUCAGCGCAGAGAAUUUGAAUUACGUGAUCUACGUGUGCGAACGCGUCGAUACCCAGACACUGUUUUCCGAGGAAUGCGCUCUGCCUCAAAGUUGCCUGUUGUCGCUCAUCCAGCAGCUCAGCAUGGAAUUGAACAAAAACACCGAUUUGAAGUUGAGUUACAUCCGGGCAGCGUUUUUGUCGCUUUCCAUGGAUUGUCCGACGACGAAGCAAUUCAUUCCCAAAUUGCUAAGUGAGCUGAUGAAGCAAUUGAAUAAUUUCAUCAAAAGCAAUCCUCCGUUCAGGCACGUGAAGGAGGCGAAACUCCUUAAAAUGGCUGUGGAAAGUACGUUAAGUUAGAAAAAGAAACCCCCUCGUUUUUGCGUUCCUUUUAUUUAGUUGUUUAGUUACUUAGUUGUCGUAAGUAUGAUUAGUUGAUUUGCCAAUUCUCGUAAUUAUUUUUUUAUAAAAAAAAGUCGCUUUUAAGUUGUAUUUUCUCUUGUUGGAUGUUUGUUACAGUUUCGCGUUUUGCAUAAUACAUUGUAUGUAAGAAAAAAGUGAGAUCUUUGUUGUAUUAAGUACCUUCGUACCUUUGUCGAUGAAAAAAAUAUUCGAAUUGAGCGCAGAUUCCACUGAAUUAUGAGUAAAAUGAACCGAUUUGAUUUCCCUUAACAGAAAGUAUCGAUUUCUAACACUCCUGGAAUCGAUUGUUAGAUUGGGUUAUAUCGAAUCGACCUGCUUAAGUAACUUAAAUUUAAAAUGGUUUUACAACCUUUCGCGUACAAAAAAAUAACCUAAGGUUUCAAAUUAUCCAAAAUCCAAUCCAUAUAAUAAGCAACGUUGGUGUAAACUCCAGGAUACCCUUCUAAGCCGCAUUCUCUCGGACCAAAAGAUACAACACCUUGCUGGAUAUACCUGGCUGCUUCGUUGAAGAACGUGGCCUCGUGAAUGGGCCCUCCGCUAUCUCCCGGACAAGCGUCCUGGUUAUUCUUUCCUCCAGCGCA